GCCGGUAUAAAUAGCAGCCGCAAGCGGCUCUCACGCCAUCAACGGAGCUGAGCCUGAUGAGCAGCAGUGGGCAGCCGCCUUCCCCUGUGUGUUGCGGAUCGCUACACCACCACUGUCACCACUCACCACUCAGUUACUCACCACAUCCAUCCGCGCCCACAGUGAGGCAGUGAGCACUGAGCAGCAUCCCCCCUCUGCUAUAGCUAGGGAGUAGCAUAGUAGCAACCUGUGUGUUCUCUCCGAUCCUAUUCCUACCUGCCGUCUUCUUCCCUGCAAAGCCUGCGCGGCUCCGCUCCAGAGCUAGCUCCUACACGCCGGCCUGCAGCAUCUUUACCACCGCCGCCAUCGCCGCCUCUCCUGCUAGCUAGCUGACCCUGAGCCUGAGCUGCAUCGAUCGAUCCCAACCGCGCGCGGUGUGUCCUGUCCUGUUCCCGCGCACGCAAUCGCGCCCGCCUAAGCAAGCUAGACGGACGCCGCCAGUUAUUGCACCGGCCGGCCGGGGAUAUCCGCGGGAGUGCGGAGUGGGCGGCGGAUAGCUGCGCCGCUACUACUCUAGCUCCUUCGUGCGUGUGUGUGGGGAGGAGUAAUUGUGGAGGAGGCAGGCACGCAAAAGGACGCCUGCGCCGGCCCGGCCCUCACGUGAUUCAUACUUGCGGCCUCCUCACUCCCUUCUUCUUCAUCACUCCUCUCGCGUCGCGGCCUCACAACUACUAUAUCAGCAAGCACCAAACACACCCAGCUCCGGCUGGCCGGCCUCGAUCUCGUCUUCUUCCCGGGAGAUGGUCGACGCGCCGGCCGUCGUGGUGGUGGUGGUGCGGGCGUACGACGACGCGCGCGACCGCGUCGGCGUGGAGGAGGUGGAGCGCGCGUGCGAGGUCGGGUCCAUGAGCGGCGGCGGCGGCAAGAUGUGCCUCUUCACGGACCUCCUCGGCGACCCGCUCUGCCGCAUUCGCCACUCGCCGGACUCCCUCAUGCUGGUCGCGGAGACAGCAACCGGCCCCAACAGCAGCACGGAGAUCGCCGGACUCGUCCGCGGCUGCGUCAAGACCGUCGUCUCUGGCACUGCAGGCACCACCCAGGGCCAGCAGUCCAAGGACGACGACCCCAUCUACACCAAGGUUGGCUACAUCCUCGGCCUCCGCGUCUCGCCCAGCCACCGGAGGAAGGGGGUGGGGAAGAAGCUGGUGGAUCGGAUGGAGGAGUGGUUCCGUCAGAGGGGUGCCGAGUACUCGUACAUGGCGACGGAGCAGGACAACGAGCCGUCGGUGCGGCUCUUCACGGGCCGCUGCGGCUACGCCAAGUUCCGCACGCCGUCCGUGCUGGUGCACCCGGUGUUCCGCCACGCGCUCAAGCCCUCGCGGCGCGUUUCCAUCGUGGAGCUCGAUGCGCGGGAGGCCGAGCUGCUCUACCGCUGGCACUUCGCCAACGUCGAGUUCUUCCCCGCCGACAUCGACGCCGUCCUGUCCAACGACCUGUCGCUGGGCACGUUCCUGGCCCUGCCGUCGGGGGCGCAGUGGGAGAGCGUGGAGGCGUUCCUGGCGUCGCCGCCGCCGUCGUGGGCCGUGCUCAGCGUGUGGAACUGCAUGGACGCGUUCCGCCUCGAGGUGCGCGGUGCGCCGCGCCUGAUGCGCGCCGCGGCGGGCGCCACCCGGCUCGUGGACCGCGCCGCGCCGUGGCUCGGGAUCCCCUCCAUCCCGAACCUGUUCGCGCCGUUCGGGCUCUACUUCCUCUACGGCCUGGGCGGCGCGGGGCCCGACGCCCCCAGGCUCGCCCGCGCGCUGUGCCGCGAGGCGCACAACAUGGCGCGGGACGGCGGGUGCGGCGUCGUGGCCACCGAGGUGGGCGCCUGCGAGCCCGUCCGCGCCGGGGUGCCGCACUGGGCGCGCCUCGGCGCCGAGGACCUCUGGUGCAUCAAGCGCCUAGCGGACGGCUACAGCACCGGCGGCCCGCUCGGGGACUGGACCAAGGCGCCGGCCAGGCACUCCAUAUUCAUCGACCCGAGGGAGCUUUAAGCUCAUGAUAAUAAAUACACUUAAUUAGUAGUACUUAGGCCUUUAGGGUUUUUCUCGGACCGUCGUCCGAUCGAUCCCGUAUCCGACGGCUCCUAGUCCUAGCUAGUAGCUAGAGAGAGGGGGCUAGCUUCCCACCCUUUUGCGUUUUCAUUUCAAUACUUAGCCGUAAUUUCAGCUAGAGAACCUAGUUAACUUUUUUUUUUUUGCCUCCUUUGCUUAUCUGAUGUGAAACACAGCUGCUGCUCUUUCUUCGUCUUGGCUGGAAAUGGGAGCAGCUGCUUAGUUGUAACCGGUUCUUAAUCGUUGGUUUGGACCAGGGUGGAGACCAGCCAGCCUUUUAGUACCUUCUCCUUUUGUGUCCUUUUCAGAGAACUAGAAAGGUUUGUUA